GCUGGCCGUGCAAGAAGAACAACGCACAAAAAACGCUUGAUUGCGAGGAGGAAAGAAAGCAAUCACUGAACAGUACAGUACAUAAGGACCACGUUUGUUUGGUUUGCACGUCACACAGAACCAUGCCUCCGCCCUUGAAGUGGGCAGGGUCCACGACCUCGAUGGAGGGCCGCCUGAUGGUUGCCGUGCACGAGGUGAUUGAGCUGAACCUCCAGCCAAACGAGACACUGGGCCUGCGCGUGUCUGGCGGUACCGACACAGUGGACGAGGGUGAGGACCCCGGCCUGUUUGUGGAGGAAGUCCUGGAGGGCGCCGGCAGCCGCGACGGCCGCAUCAAGGUCGACGACAAGAUCAUCGAGGUGAACGGCACGCGCCUUGGCGAGCGCACGCACGAGGAGUACAUGGGCGUGCUCACGGAGGCCGUUGGUAGCCUGAACGUGGUGCUGCUCGUGAGCCGCAUGCGCGAAGUUGGCUCCGUCUCCUGGGAGGAGUUCUUCGCGGGCCGAUACGGCCACAUGACCACGCAGGGCCGGUACGCGUCAGGGUCCAUUGCCUACGUCAGCGAGGGCUUUGGCGUCGUGGAGCUUGAGCAGAGCGCAUCAGAGACGUUUGGUCUCGCGCUGGCCGGCGCCAAGAGCAAAGAGGAGGCACGUGUUGCUGCGGGUGUGUACAUUGCCGCCAUCCGCGCCGGUGGCCCCGCAGCCGCAGCGGCUAUUGACGGCACGCUGUCUCGCGGCCAGCAGAUUGUGGAGAUCAAUGGGUGGGCGUGUGCGCGCGCCACCGUGGCGGAGGUGGAGCUGCUUCUCAACCGGUUUGCACGCGCCACCAUCGUUGUGAAGGAGAACCCCGAGGGCUUCCUGCCGUUCUCCGACGAGAGCCUGAACCGGUAUUACGCGCCGCUCACCGUCGACGGGCAGGAGGCGACCACGGAGUCUCUUCGACAGGUCUCGCUGCCGUUUGACCCGACCGGCAACACGAAGCUUGGCCUGCGCAUCAUCGGCGUGCCGCCCAACACCAAGUUUGAUGCGCACGGCGUGUUUGUCAAUGGCUGUGCACCGGGCACGGCCGCAGCCGACCGCCUCAACGUCGGCGACCAGAUCAUCGAGAUCAACGGGUGCACGCUCGCUGGCGCCACGCACGACGUUGCCGCCAACACGCUGCGUGCGUCCAAGGGCACGGCCAAGCUGCUUGUGGUACACAACGCCCCCGGCUACGAAUACAUGACGCGCAUGGUCGAGGAGCACGAGCGCGAGCUUGACCAGGACCCGGACGCCCGCCGCCACAUCAAGGAUGUGCUCGUGCCAGACGUGCGCAUCCCAGAGGUGCAGACGGUCCGCGACGCCGACGCGCAGGAAAACAAGGUGGUGGUGCGGGUGGCACGGCCCGUGGGCCAGCCAAUUGGCGUCACCAUCCACGUGCGGGAGGUGGCUGGGCGCCGCAUCCCGCUCAUCACCAACGUCAGCGCAGGCAGCGUGGCCGCCGACACGGGCAAGCUGCGCGUGGGGCAGCAAGUGUUCGCGCUCAACACCACCGCGCUCUCCGAAAACACACCGCACAGGGACAUUGAGAACGUGCUUGCAGACACGUCACUGGACCACAUUGAGCUGACAGUCUCUGCAGAGCCCGUCGUGGACGUGAGCGAGCUGCUCGCCAACCUCAUCCUCACCCACACGUCCACCGCCAUCUCCCACCAGCACGUGCGCCUGGUGCGCAUCCCAGACAACAUCAACGGGCUCGGCUUUGCCUUUGUUGGCCCGAGCGAGGAGAGCGGGCUGGCGCCGUUUGGUGCGUACGUGUCGCGCACGACCGUGGGUGAGCUCAACACGGGGGACCAGCUCCUGGCCGUCUCCUCCAACAACCACGGCAAGUUUGAGUGCUUGUUUGACUGCUCAUACAAGAAGGCCAUGUCGCUGCUGAUGCGGGCGAAGAUGGCGCGGGAGACAUACCUCGUCGUGUGCUCCAACCCGGAGGGGUACGCGUUCUUCUCUGCAAUGACGACCAACAGCGUGGACCUGGAGCAGGUGCUGCCGCCGCCCAUCUCACCCCGCGCCGCCGUCGCCGCCGUCAGGGAGUCGGUCGCCGCUGAACACCAGCGCAGACAGCAGCAGCAGCAGCAUCAGCAGCAGCAGCAAGGGGAGGAGAAGCAGGAUACAGAGAAGGGACAGGAGCGCAUCGAUGGUGAGAGUGGGGAGCAACGUCAGGGUGAGGGCGGCCAUGCACAGGCGGAAUCAACAGAGGUCCAAGGCGAGCAAGGCGAGGGUGUUGCCGCAGCUACUUCUGACAAGAGUGCAGAGCAGCCAGCGGGUGUCGAAUCGCAACCCGCCACAGCCGCUGUGAACGCCACGACAGACUCCGCCACCGCUGCUGGCCCGGCACACACGGCCAACGCCAGCAUGACGGCGCCGCCGCAGCGCUCGUCCUUCUUCACCGUCACAGAGGCGCCCUUCCACGUGCGGGCGCACUUUGCGUGGGUGCCGCAGAACGAGACGCAGCUUGGGUUUGCCGAGCGCGACGUGCUGCGUGUCGAAGAGCUUCUCUCUGGCGACUUUUGGGUGGCCACACACCUUGGCACGGGCGCACGGGGCCAGAUCCCGUCUGCCGCGUACUACGAGGAGUUUUUCAAGGCGACACCGCUGUGGCAGCAGAAGCUGCACAUUGCGCAGACGAUUGACCAGACCAUGCGCGACGCCGACGAGGCGACGCGCAAGGAGGCGCGCGACGACGUGCUGACGGUGCACUCGUACACGGUGGUGGAGUGGCAGCAGCUCGAAGGGGCCGUGCGCCCGCUGGCCGUGUUUGGCAUGGAGGCUCACAAGGUGAUGGUGGGCGCAAUGCACCUCCUCCCAGACAUGGCCAUUGCCACGCCGCUGCGCUGCACAAGCCGCCCCAUGCGUGACGGCGAGACAAACGGGCAGGAGUACGAGUUUGUCUCGCGCGAGGAAAUGGAGCGCCGUCUUGCUGCGAAAGAACUCAUUGAAGUCGGCAGCUUCAAGGGCAACCUGUAUGGCACGACCAUCGAGGCUGUUGCAGCCCCUGCGCGUGACGGCAAGCUCGUGCUGAUGCAGUGCCACCCACCGGCCAUUCGUCGCCUGCAGCUCCUGGGCGACAUCCACCCGAUUGUCGCCUUUGUUGCGCCCGCACCGGAGCGCCUGCAGACACGGGCGGACGGCAGCGCCAUCGACGAAGCCGCGCAGGCUGCGGCGUGGGAGCAGGUUGAGCACGGCCACACGUUUACACACGUGCUGCAGGAGGGACCCGUGCCCGCACUUGCCCAGCAGGUGGCAGCCAUUGUGAGCGAGGAGGCGAGAGCCGAGGGGCUCUGGGCCGCUGUUCCCGCCCUUCUUCCACGCGCACCGCUGUCGCAGGCCGCAUCACCAUCCAAGAUGUCGCUUGGUCUGACAACGGCCCCGGCAACGCUGGGCAACACGUCCAUGACAGCUACCAACGCGGUUGACACGAGUACCGCUGCUGCUGCCGCUGGCGCGACUGAAGAGGACGAGUCACUCGCCAUGUACUCGCAGUCGACCCAGCUCAAGUGCGACUUUGAGACGGUCGUGGUGCAGCGGCUCGGCAAGCACAAGUACGGCUUCAAGCUCGUGGCUGAUGACGAGACUGGUGUGCCGACUGUUGCGCCCGGCGACGACAUUGUGUAUGUCAACGGGUCCUUUGGUGCCGGCGCCCGCGUCCUCUGCGUCGGCGGCCAGAACGUCAUUGCAGAAUCCUCAUCGAAGCUGAAGGAUGCGGUGAAGAAGAACACGGAGACGCUGAGCGUGGUCCUGUUCCCGCGGCACCUCAACGUGCGCGCCGUCAAGCUGAAGAAGCGCAACAACACGUUUGGCCUCAAGAUGUCCACGCCCGAGGGCUUCCCCGCCACCAUCAUCACAGGCGUGCCGCAGGAAAACAUUGUCCGCGAGGGCUCAUGCAGGCGCGGCGACGCCAUCGUGGCCGUUAACGGCGCGCCGAUGCUGCGCUGCUCGCUGGAGGAGGUCACGUCCGCGUUCACACAGCAGAAAACAGCGCGCAUCGCCGUUGCAGACGCUGAUGACGUCAUGCUGACGUCCUCUGGGACGAGCCGGCGGGUUGAGCUGCGGCGCUUUCAGACCAAUUAUGGCCUGGAGAUUGCCAUGCUCGACGACCUACCCGUGGUCCUGCGCAUUACCGCAGCCACCGUCGCAGCCGCAUCCGACCUCAACGUCGGCGACGCCAUCUACAAGAUCAACGGCAUGACGACGCGCAACGCCUCGUACGACACAAUUAUGUCGACGGUGCGCACCAGCGCCACGCUCGACCUCGUUGUCGACAAGUGUCCGCGAUUCGCCAGGCGCGAGGUGACGGUUGAGCGCUCCGCCACCGCUGGCUACGGCAUGCAUGUGCAGACGACGUUUGGGUACUGCCCUGUUGUGACGCGCGUGGUUGAGGGCAGCCCUGCGGCGACAGGCAACGCCAUCCUCCCCGGCGACGAAAUCGUGGAGAUCAACGGUACGGCCACGCAGGGCAAGAUGCACGAGGAAGUGGUUGCAAUGCUCUCCCGCGCCACCACGGCCAAGCUGUCCCUGCGCCAUCCCACCACGCCCACCGCCGCCCCCAUGGCGCCGGCGAUCGUGCCCGCAGCAGCAACAGCCUCUGAGCAGCAGCAGCCGACUAAGGAGGAAGAGACGAACAACGAUGCGCAGCAGCAAGAAGAGACGCACCAGCAGCCACCGAAGCAGCAAGUUGAGGUGCAAGACGCAAGCGUGAAGAGCUUCAGUAACGCGCGCAAGGUUGUGUUCCGUGGCGCCUCUGUGUCGCGUCUUGGCCUCAGGUUCCAGCGCGUGGAGGGCGAUGCGUUCUUCAAGGUGGCGGAGGUGCUUGACGGCGGGCUCGCCAAGGAAUCUGGUGCCAUCAGCCCCGGUGACGCCGUCGCAGAGGUAAACGGCAUUGCGUUCAACACGCGCGAGGGACUGGCCCGCGCCCUCAGUGCUGCGGAGGACACCGUCUCCAUUGUUGUCGGCACACCACGACAGGAACAAGCAGGCGCCCGCGUUGUGCUCGAUACGCACAGCGAGCGGCUUGGCCUGAAGAUUGUGUGUGUGCAGGACUCGUUCCCCAUUGUUUCGGUAGUUGAUGCUGACGGCGCCGCCGCCAAGGAGCCCGCACUCGUCCCCGGCGUCACCAUCCUCAAGGUGAACGGCCGGGAUAUGCAUGGUGCGACGAGUGAGGACCUGCGGGCAGCGUUGGCUGCCUCGUCCCUCAUUGAACUCGUCCUCGGCGAUCGCGUAUCGCUCCCUCAACCGCCACAGGAGCAGGAGCAGCAACAGGGGGAGGGCUCACAGGGUGGAGGUACCAACCUGCACCCCAUUCGCAUUGCGCGCAUUACGCCUGUGGAGGGCGAGAGCCUCGGCAUUGCCAUCCGCACGCACGAGGGUACUGACCUGUGCCCCGUUGUUCCGGCCAUCAUCGCUGGCUCCCUCGCAGAGAAGGAGGGCACAAUCACGGCUGGCGACGAAAUUGUCACCAUCAACGGCACACCUACGAGCGGCCUGACCCAUGAGGGCGUGGUUGCGCUGCUCAAGCAGCCACGUGACGUCAUCGAGAUUGGUGUGCGCCAGUCCCUGCAGGCGCUUGAGCCGUUUGAGGCUGCACAGAGCAAUGUCGUGCGCCUGGAGAAGUCUGGUGGUGCCUUUGGCCUCAACCUCAUCACCGCCGAGCGCGUGCCCGCGGUUGUGGUCGGUAUUGCCCCUAACAGCGCAGCGCAGCACUCAAAUGCAUUUGCCGUUGGUGACGUCAUCAUGAAGAUCAAUGGCGAGUCCACAGUCGACCUGACUCACGACGAGCUCGUCAGCAUCUUCCGCUCCUCCGACAUGGUUGAGCUUGAGUCUGCGCCGCGUGAGGACGGUGAGGUGAAGGCUGUGGAGGCGACGCGCGGGCCCAGCGGCCUUGGCCUGGUCAUCAAGUCGGAUGAUCGCGGUAACUCGUUUAUCACCAAGGUCGCAGAGGGCUCACCUGCCGCAGACGCUGGCGUCCCCCUCUUUGCCAAGAUCCUGGCGGUGAACAACUCGCCUGUGAUUGGUCUGUCACAUGACGAUGUUGUGGCGCACCUUCGCGCCACCACCGUCUCCCUGCUCCUCCGCUGUCCCGCCGGUCCCGUCACCGCUGACAUGUUUGACAUGAGGAUGGACCAACCAGCAGUACCACCGUCAGCAUCGCAGCAGCAGGCGGCGGCAGCGCAGGGCGAGGCAACCCAAACAGCAGCAGCGGCAGAUAAAGAGGAGGAUUCGUCCACUGCCGCGCCGCCCUCGUAUGACGACGUUGGUGGCGGCGAUGAGGGUGACGCAAACACCCGGGUUGUGACGCUCACGCGUGGCGAGCGAGGCUACGGCUUCCGGCUCAUCACCAACGAGGACCACGCGUCGCCGAUUGUGAUUGAGGCGCUGCCAAACACGCCCGCCACCAACGUCCUCCGUCCCGGCGACGCAAUCCUAUCCAUCAACGGCACGUCAACUGCGAAUCUGACACACGAGGAAGUGCUUGCGCUGAUCCAGAGUGCCGGCAGCAUCAACCUGCGCGUCAGGCACGACGGCGACGUCUUCUUCAACCUCCUCCAAAACUCUCGCCAGCACGAACUCGGCACCCCCGUGCCAGGUCUCUCCAAGGGCACGCAGACGACGGUGCUGAAACGUGGUGGUGGCGGUUACGGCCUGCGCAUCGAGACGCUGGAGGGUCUUCGCCACAUCAUUGUGGAGGUGAUCCCUGGCGGCGCCGCUGCGGACUCAAAGCAGGUACACGUCGGGCAGGAGAUUCUUGAGAUCAAUGGUCAGGCUGCUCGCGGCGUGGAGCACAACGGCGUGGUCAGCAUGCUGGCGUCCACGGACGAGGCGCACGUUAAGCUGACCCUGCCGCCGCAGCUUGGGGACUGCACCCUCGUGCGGCUUCGUCGCGACGACAACGGGAGUCUUGGCCUGAGGCUGCAGAUGCCGCAGCAGGAGUCGCCGCUGUCGUACCCGAUCAUCUCCCACGUUGGCGAGCACAACGCCGCGCACCUGCAGCCGGGCGACUUCAUCAUCCGCGUCAACGGCGCCAGCGUGAUGGGCAAGCCGCUCGAGGAAUUCGCACCCGCGUUCCUGUCUGACCCGGUCGUUGUGGACGUGUACCGCCCGGCGCCGGGCACCGACGCCACCGCCGCAUCGCCAGAGGCACCGGCCACGACGACAGCGGCGACGGCAGCAGCACAGGACGCGGCCACACCAGCGCAGGAGGCUGGAGAAACGCCGGCUGACAGCGGUGCUCAAUCACAACUGCAGUCGUACACCAGCGAGCAGACGCAGGCACAGGCUUCUGCUGCGACAGCAAACACGCCGGCCACCGAGCAAGCGCCAGCACAGCAGCAGCAGCAGCAGUCACCGCAGGAGGAGGGUGACGGGCAAGGGGCCCGCAAGACUGUGAUACUGCAGCGCACGUCGACUGGGUUUGGGCUGCAGAUUGCCUCACCAAACGAGGAAGGCCCGCACUACCACCAGAUUACGCUCGUGCUGCCCACUGCCCGCGUUGUCAGCGGCACCGUUGAGGCGGGCGACAUCAUCGAGCAGAUCAACGGCGAGGAUGUGACUGCGCGCACACACGAGCAGCUUGUGGACAUUCUCUCUGGGCAGUCCAUGCUGGAGAUGGUGGUACGCAAGCCAUCGCCGGAGCAGGCGCAGCUGGCAGAGCCCGUGCAGGCGUUCCAGCAGCUGAUGACCCGUACCCAGCAGCAGCCGAACGGCCACGCCGCUGGUGUUGGUGAGCAGGCCGAGGCACAGGCUGGCACCACAGCUGAGACCGCUCCCGAACAACAACCACAGCAAGAGCAGCAGCAGCAGCAGCAGCAGCAGCAAGAAACUGGCACAGAGCAAGGCGAGGACAAGGGCUAUCAGUCACAGUCGGCGGCUGGACGUGCAACGGCUGAUACCGGAGCCAACGCAGUUCAACAGCAGCAGCAGCAGCAGCAGCAGCAUGAUGCUGAUGAGGAGGCCACGGCAGAUGCCGGUGAUGUGUCUGAACCAACUCCGCAGAUUGUCGAAGAUGAUGCCACAGCUCCUCCCGCCCCACCAGCUCGCCGCACGGUGACCGUUGCGAAGAACGAGCGUGGACUUGGGAUGAAGUUUCUUGGCCUCGGACAGGGCCUCGGCGUCAUUGUAACCGCCCUCAUGCCCGACACACCUGCACACGCAUGUCCUGACCUCAACAUCUACGACACCAUCUGCAAAAUCAACGGUACGGAUGUGCUUGACCUUGAGCACGAUGCUGUGCGCGACAUUCUUGUGAGCGGCUCCUCCUUUGAGCUUGAGGUGCUGCCUGCGCCCGCCGCCAAGGUCGCCAUCCUCGUCCGCGAGUCCAAGGAUGACCCGCUCGGCGUUGCCGUUGUCGACGACGACCACCACCGCGUGCGCGUGGCCAACGUGUCUGAGGCGGCGCGGUUUGCAGACGCGCAGCUGGAGCCCGGCGAGGAGAUUGUGAGCGUCAACCACAGGGACGUGCGGACAAUGUCUGCCAUGCAAGUUGGCGUGUUUAUGCGCACGGCAUCGGACGUGCUCGUCAUUGCGGCCAACCCAUGCGCUGACCCGCUGCCAGAGCACGAGACAACCGCUUAG